GAACCGCGAUUUUUGCAGGUUAUAAAAAAUAUUUAAAAAUGCAGUAAUAUCUUGACAAAGUAGGAUUCUUCCAAUUAAAAUACAACUUUAUUGAAUUAAUUAUAAGAACGUUUAAGUAGAAAAUCGUAUUCAACUGACCGGAUAUAAUAAGGUUCCGCAAUGCAUUGUAUUAAAACAUUACUAGUCCAUUUAAAACAUCAACAAAGGAGAGUUAUUCCUCUUCAACGCGUCUUAGGUGUUAAACAAUUUAAUGUAUGCCGAAAAUACAGUGUUUCUCAAGAACAAGAUGAUUCUGAACAAAUGAUUGAUGAACUCUGCCAAGGAGACCCUCAACUUGAGAAGAAGUUGAGGAUAUUGAUGUUAGAGGUGGAGGUGAUGAGGCAAGAUGGACGAUGUGCACCGGACCAUCUGCAAACCAGGCACUGGAAACAUUUAAUGGAGUUACCAAGUAGAAAUCAAAGGAAUAACUACCUCAUUUAUCUUUUCAAAUCAGAGAAAGCUAAAGAAAACCAAAAAGCAAAGAAAGAAGCGAGAAGGAAAGAACUGGAAUUAUCAGCUCCAGAGGAGAAUAAAGAGUAUCCAGAUGAUCUUAUAUACAGCAUCACACAUCAGUCACUAUUCCUGCGAAUUCGGGACCAUUCAAUUAACAUGUUUGACAAUUACAGAGCUUUACAAGCAAUGACACAUGGUCAAUCAAUUGUUAUUGACUGUUCAUAUGAAGAUAAUAUGGUGAACCGUGAAGUAGUGAAUGCUGCAAAGCAAAUGACCUUUGUGUUUGGAGACAACAGAAUACAUAAAGAUCCUUUUAAUAUUCACCUGUGUAAUGUUAACAAAGAUAGUGUCUUUAUGGAGCAGUUGAGACGUAAUAUACCAACCUUAACUGAACCUUGGUUCCCUAUGAAUAUCCAUUCCAAAAGCUAUUUAGAUAUUUUUCCUAAAGAAAAAUUAGUCUAUCUAACACCUCAUUGUCGUGAAGAGUUGACAACAUUUGACCCUGAUGCUGUUUAUAUCAUUGGAUGUAUGGUUGAUAAAAGUAACAAUGAACCACUUUCUCUUGCUAAAGCAAAACGAGAUGGUCUUAAAAUGGCCAAGUUACCACUUGACAGAUAUUUAGAAUGGGGUCCUGGAUCUAAGAAGAAUUUGAACAUGAACCACAUGGUUCCAAUAUUAUUGGAUCUGAGAUUGACAGGAAACUGGGAAUUUGCAUUACGACAUAUCCCUAGAAGAAAACUUAUGGAAACCAAGAUAUUGGCUAUGCAAAAAAUGAUUAAAAAUCCCCUUCUUAAAGAUGCAGUAGCUAGAAGCAUGAAAAAUCUAAAUAUGAAAGACAAAAAAGCUAAGUCAAGGCAGUCCUUGUAUUAUGACGACGAAAGAUUCUAAUGUUACCUUAACCUAGUGAUUUUAAUUUCUCAAUAAAAACACACUAUUAUGUACUAA